CCUAUGUCUGCUCGACACAGCUCGCAUACAGAGCUGAACAUAGUGUUGCAAAAGAAAAUUUUAUACUUUGCGGCAGCUACAACUUUUAUCACAACUUUCUGUUAAAUACCACCAAAUUGUCAUCGUCGCCGGCGCACAAAGUGUUACAAGAUGGCGCAAGACGAGGUGUCCGAGUCCACCAUGGAGACGAUUAGCAAGGUGCCGGCUGGCGUCAUUCUUCCUCCUAGGGAGCUUCGCGCUGCGAUAGAAAAGGUUGCUGGCUUUGUCGCUCGUAACGGCGCCGCGUUCGAACAGCGCAUGCGAAAUGAUACUGCGAACGCGACAAAGCUGGCCUUCAUCUUUGAGGAUGAUCCAUAUUACUCAUACUACCAAUGGCGGAGAGAGGAGUGCAAGGCUGGCAGAGGAACUGAUGUCGCGGCGGGACGGGUAGGAGAGGGUGUUCCAAGGUCAAAGCCCAAGGGACCUGAACCUCCACCAGAGUUCUUGUUCUCUGCACGUAUGCCGACGAUUAACGCCCAGGAUUUGGAAAUCGUGAAGCUGACUGCGCUGUAUGUCGCAAAGAACGGGAGGAACUGGAUGACGAGCUUAUCGCAGCGUGAAGCGGGCAAUUUCCAAUUUGACUUCCUACGACCUCAGCACAGUCUGAAUCAGUUCUUCAAUCGGCUUGUGGAUCAGUACCAGCUUCUACUCUCCUUCACAACCGAGGAAGGCAGUAAAGCCGAGAAGUCACGCAUUGCAGAGCUUGAGAAAAUCGUCAAUGACAAAUACAGCGUCUUAGAAAGGGCAAGGAAGCGCGCAGAGUGGGUCAAACACCAGGAGAACCAGCGGGUCAAGAAGCAGGAGCAGGAAGAGGCAGAGCGUAGAGAGUACGCGUCUAUUGACUGGGACGAUUUCCAGAUCAUUGGUGAAAUUUUCUUCACGGAAGCAGACGAGACGUAUGACCUACCUGCUCCAACCUCACUGAAUGACCUGCAGAGCGCAUCGCUAGAGCAGCGAGGCAAAGUCAGCAGACAGCUCAUCGAGGAAGCAAUGCCUACAGAAGACAUGUCUCAGUGGAAUCAACAGACCUACCCUGCUCCUGCGCCUCCGGUGCAGCCAAUACAACCAGUUCCUCCAGUGUCGAUGCCCUACGGGCCUACACCACCAGCACAACCAGCCUUCAGCCCUCCGCCCGCCGUGCCUCAAGUCCCUGUCACGGACGAAGCAUCACGAUCGGCAAGUCCAGCAGUAUCUGCGCCCAAGCGCAUCGUCCAGAAUGCAGCGCCACGUGCAGCUGCUCGACGAGGCAGGGUGCAAAUGGCAACCUGCCCCAAUUGCAAGCAACAGAUUCCCUACGACGAACUAGAACAGCAUAUGAAAAUCGAGCUUCUCGACCCAAGAUGGCGCGAACAGAAGGCGAAAGAAGCUCAACGAGCUGCAACGACCAAUAUCUCCACCGUGGACGUGGCCAACAACCUCAAAAGAUUGGCGUCACAGCGGACGGACGUCUUUGACCCAGUUACUGGACAGAAUAUUAGCGCAGAGGAAGAAGAACGACGGAAGCGCGCGGCUGUGCAGCAGACUGACUACAAUACCCUAGCCACCCACGCUGGUCAGGGCAUGAGCGUCGAGGAACAGAUCAAACUCAUUCACCAGAAAGCUGCUCAGGGACAGUGAGCGAAGAGCAGGCCAAGGAUGACGAGUAUCUUGCAUCAUUUUUCUCCAGAGAAUCCAGCUCAACAUUCAUGGCACUGGAAGACAUGUCUGGGCUGGAGAAUAGGACUUGAUACCCUGUAAUAUAUAUGUGUCAAAGCAAGAGUCACGGCGAGCAAGUGUCUACAGAAGUUGCGAAUAAGAAGGAUUGCAUCUAAGCAAAAAGCAAAAUUGGACUGUUUGCAUUGGAG